AUGCUUCUGUCAACAUCACCAACACCAGCACCCAGUCUCCCAUUGUCGCACCACCCGUCCGACAAUAGCUCCACUCCUACAUCACCGACACCACCGACACCACCGACACCACCACUCCUCACACCCUCCUCCGCAGCAUCCUCGUUUCUCUUCCCAAGCACACCAGGGUCCGAGCGCAAAGAAGCAUCUGUAACUUGUUAUCCUGCUUCUUUCAACGAUAAACGAGGUUCCGACUCGGCGGCGAACAACGAGUGUCUCUUGUCCGCACUUGAGCUCAACCCGCCCCCGUUCACGUUCGAGGCCACCGAGGCCACCAAGGACAAGCACUCGGUCAACUCAUCGUCCCUCUCCAAGCUCGAGCCCGCAUCUGAAGUCGAACCCUUGCUUGGACUUUUGGCCGCUCUCGCACUACUGACUCCCACCACGGAGGCGACAGCGACUGUCCCAGUCGAGCCUGUGAUUUCCACCGCUGUCGAUACCACAGCGUCACUGCCCCCAUCCCCAAGGUCAAGCCGAACCCCCAGCCCAGUCCUUGCCUCUGAGUUACCCCGCCCCUCGUCUUCAAUCUCUAUCCUUCACCAGGGCCGCCGUAUUUCCCGUACACGCAGCCUUACGGAGGAGAUUGCCGACGCAGGUGAGCUAGUACCCGACCCUCACCUAUCCGACCUCGAGGACGAGCACUGCAUUCCGUGGACCGCAGCUCUCGACCUUGACGUCCUGGACACUGAGCACUUUAUCCAGCAGACCAACGUCGACUACGAUCGACAGCGAGCGUCCAUUUCCCCUCGCACACGCGCGAGGACUGUUUUCAGCCCCCGCAUCCCCAACAGGACACUACAUUUCCGUCGUCUGUCGCUCUCACCGCUUUUCCCUUCGACCUCGUUCAACCCACACAUCCCGCGCCAUUCUGUCCACGGCCUCUUGACUACAGGUCCUCAACCGAACGUCCCGGCUGAGCACCAUUUUGAAGAGACAGAGCCAUCUGCGUUUGAGUCCACGCCGCCCAAGCGUCGCCGUUCAAACUCACUCUCGGCUUUCUCAUUCGGUCCGUUCCGCACACGCAAGAACGUUGUCAACAACACUUUGACCAUACUGGAGAGUGACCCCGCAUCCCCCGUGCCCAAAGCCUCGAGCGAGCUCGAUAAGUCCCGUUCCCGCACAACCCACGACACGUCGCCCACCCAACGCUCUUUUGCCAAAUUGCACAAGUUUUCAUUGCCCAAAAUGUUUAAGAACGGGCCUGGCGUCGUCAAGCACGUGGAGAAGUCGGAGGAAGUCGAGGAGAAUGGCGACAUCGUCGAGACGGUGGUCACUACCACGCGCCGCCGUCCUUCCACGGCGUCGCGCGCGCCCAGCGUUCGUGCGCCGAGCGUGUAUGCACCCAGUGUGCGCGCACCCAGCGUCUACGAAGACAGUGUGUACAGUCCCUCCCGUGCGCCUUCCCGCUCCAUCUACUCUACCCCCUCGCCCCCAUCCCCUGCCACGCCCAUCCCCGCCACACCCGAGAUGCUCCACCGCCACAUUGUCGAAAACCUCCCCGAGCAGCUCGUCGCAAACUCGCCAAGGUACGCACACUCGCGGACCCACUCACGCACACACAUACCCGUGCAGAAUGUGCGCGACUAUGAUGAUGCGCCAAUCCCGCCACCAAAGCGGAGUGGCAGUGUCCGCAAACUCCAGCCGAUCACGAUGGUCGACUACACUAGCAGAGUGCCAACCUACUUGAACGGAGGCCAGACGUACAUGCAGCAAAACUCCAACACACCGUACGCUGCCCAGCCUAAUGUCUUUGCUCCACAACCCGUGUACCCCUUUGCUGCACCACCAGUGGUGGCUUCCGCUCCAGUCAAGUCCCCAUCCCCGAAACCCUCGGUCACGAAGGUCGAAAUCGAGGUUAAGGACCGCACUGCCCAGCCGGCUGCUACUGAGACGGUCAAGGUGGGGAACGUCGAGGUUAGCGUCAAGGACACGACACUGCAGGCGCCAAAGCCUGCCGAGGCCAAGACGAUAAUUGAGAUCAAGGACUCUACACCGUCUAAACCUGCCUCAGUGCCUGUCCAGGUCGGCAGCCUUGAGAUAACGAAAGCCGCUCCUGCGACUGCAUCAGCGCCAUCCGCGACGAUCAAGGUUGGUGACAAGGAGUAUGACAUUACUGAGAGAGCACCCUCGCCCGAACCCCCCAAGGACACGCUUAUCAAGGUCGGCGACACCGUGCUAGAGGUCAAGGACCUGACAAAGAGCGCUACCCCGACUCCGGCCGCGCCGGCUGGACCGGUCGAGCUUGCACCUGGUGUCUCACUCAACACGGACACAGGCGCCAUUACGGUCAAGCAGACCGUUGCCGCCGAACCCAAGCCCAAGUCGUCGAGGGCACCGUCCCCCACGCCAAGUGUUCGAUCAACGCGCUCGCAUCACCACACAGACGAUAAGAAGGGCUCCCCGACCCCCAGUGUGGCGUCGCUCCGUUCUGUCGACCUCAAGAUCCACGAGUCGCCUGGCGGGUCCCGUGAGAUUCACGCCCAUGUCCAUGCUGCCAAGAAGGACGACAGUGGCAGUGAAACCGAAGACGAGAAGAAGGCCCAUGACAAGGCGAAGGAGAAGAAGAAGCAUAAGGAGAAGAAGCACGACAAAAAGUCAAAGUCCAAACAUCACAAAGCAGAGUCGGUUAGCACGACUGACUCGGGAGACGACACGUACGCCGUCGGUGGUGUCGAGAUCAAGGUUCCUCCCAAGAAGACGGACAAAGACGCCGCCGAGUCCGCGAAGGAUAAGGACAACGAUACCACCCCGACAAAGAAGAAGGUAUCCCGUGCCAGUCGUAACAUGCUGGACAGCGAUGAAGAGGACGACUUGGGUCUGCCGUCUCAGAACAGGCUGCCUUAUCGUCUCAACCCACGCCUCCCGUCUGAGAUUGACGAUUACCGUCCCCCGAUGUACGCAGCUCCAUUCGGUGCGCCUGUACCCCCAAGCUACUGGCCCAGACCCGCACCACACCCAGCUCUGCGACCCCUUUACCUCGGUGGACCAGGGUUUGGGCCCACGGUCAGUUCUGGCAUGAUGCCGGGACUCGGGUACGCGUCAGGACAGCUGGGCAAUGGGGGAUACUUGGGUGUACCCACUGGCCCCAUGCCCAUGAUGCUGUCCCGACCCGCCAUGCCGCUUGCUCAUCCUGGGUGGUAUCCUGCUCGUCCAAGGCCAUACUAA